AUGAAAAAUCCAUUUGACAGCAAUAAAUAUUUUAUGAACGAGAAUUUAAAUUUGGCUUUUGAAAAUAUUUCAAAGCCUCAGCUGUUAUUUAACGAUAGCUAUUUUACUGUCAGUAACAAUACUUAGUUGUAGAACCAAUCGCAAGGCUAGCUUGUUGAAAAAAUUAAAGCAAUAUAAAACAAUAUCAUUCCUUACAACGAAAUAAGAUUCUUUUAAAAUCUAAGAAACAUACAAGCAUGUUUUACUUUUGACUUCGAUAAAGACCAAUCCAAAUCAUUGUACAUUAAAACAGACUAAGAAUUUAACAGAAUGUUAGAGCUCUUGAGAAAUGCUGGAGUCAUAUGCUGGGAUGUGCAUUUCAAUACUUACAGAAGUUUCUAUGGUUUUGUUUGCUUUCUAGAAAUUAGUACAAUUGAUCAAGAUUAUAUCAUAGAUUGCUUAAGUUUGAGAAAUGAAAUACAUAGAUUAAAGGAAAUCUUUUUGGAUAAGUAGAUUGUUAAAAUAACUUUGGAUUUACAAGAAAAAAUAAAUUGGCUUUACAGAGAUUUUGGAAUCUUAAAUAUCGUUAAUAGCAUUGAUUUAAGUCUUUAUUUAAAAGAAUUAAAUUUGCCUUCAAUAAUUUCUUAUUUGUGUGGGACACUGUUGAAUUAUCCUUUUCAAAAAAUACUGCAAAACUUUGAUUAUCGUAAAAGACCUCUUAGCUUAAAUGAAAUUAAUUAUUUAAGAGCUUUUAGUUACUUUCCUUUGAGGAUACUAUCUAUCCUAACAAAUAAUAUCCUUUCUAUUGAAAAAAGUAAACUUGAAGAGCUAUUUAACAAGAGUUAAUUGGCUUCUUGUUUGAGCUUAAAGCAACUAGAAAAUCUCCUUUAAGAGAACUUAAUUGAGAAACACUUUGAAAUGUUCUGUAUUGAUAGAAAUUACAACGAACAAUAACAAUAUUUUUUGAGAAAAAUUUUGAAGUGGAGAAUACAGAGAGCCAAAUUAGAAGAUGAAAGUGUUGAAUAUAUCUUCCCUGCAUGCAUAAUUGAGAAAUUUAUUUCAGUGUAUCCAACUUCUUCAUAAUAAGUGUUAGAUGAAUUAGUAAAAUAUCAGCAAGAAAUAAACCUCUAGCACUAUGAAACAUUUUACUCUUUUUUUGAUGAGAGAAGCUAUCAAAAUUACAAAGAAAAGAAUAGAUUUAAACAUGAUACAAAAUAAUAACAACAAUAAACCUAUUAAAUAUAGCAAACUUAGCAAAUGCAAUCACCAACUCCCAAAAAAAUGCAAUCUAUCCAAGGAAGCACUAACUAAACUCCUUAAUUGCAAAAAGAGAAUUCGCAGCAAUAAAACUAAGAAUCCCCUCCUCUUAGUCCAACUUCUUUAUUAAAAGCAGUUAACUGGGUGGUAAAAAAUCCGAACCAUGAAGGAACACCAGAAAAAAAUUACAAAAAAUUGAUAAGCAGAUAAAGUUUAUCACCUUCGAUACUAAAAUAUUCCCCAUAAAAUGGAGUUGAUUCGCCUUAACAUGAUAAUAUCAUGAAGGAUUUAUUAUGUGUAAUCAAUGAGAGAAACUCUAAACAAUCCUAAGUUAAAUUUUAGCAUUCUGUUUAGAGAGAACUGAGUAGAAUAAAUAACAUGGAGGACACAAAUGAUACUGAAGAAGAGCAGUAAUAAAAGGAAGACACUUUCUAAAUGAACCUAUUAAAUAAGUUAUAAUCAAAAUAAUACUACAUAAAAAACUCUAAAGAAAACCUUCCAAACAAUAUUACAGAUAUCUUUGAAUUAGCUAAUCGUAAAAGAAAGAAAAAUAAAGAUAAAAAGAGAAAGAAAGAAGAAAAGUCACCACAAUUAACUGCUUAGGUAAAUAAAUAAAUAAACACACACACAUUUCAAUAAACUCUUUUUUUUAAUUUAAUCAUUUUAUUUAUUUGUUUUAUUAAUUUAAUAAUUUAUUUUACAUUAAAUUCUAAAAGAAGGAACAAAAAGAAAAAGAAAAAUUAAAUAUAGAUAAGCUUCUAAAAGACUUGA